AUGAAUGAACGUUGCUCCAAAACGCUCAGAUUACGUGGUUCAUAUUGUGACAUGUCAACUUCAGACUUGCGAGAACGUCUUCGUAAAUUAGCGGAGCGUACUGCUAGAGAACUACAAGUCUCUCAAAAGAAGAAAGAACAGGGAGAUCAGAAUCAAAGCGCACAAAGUGAUGGCGAUAAAGAAAACAGUGUACUUACAGCUCCGACAAAUACACGCAUGACUUGUACAGCUCCGACCAAGCUUUUAAAAAAUAUUAACAUGGUUAAGACGCCAUCUAUUCCAGAACCUGCAAUACAAGAUUCAUCAUUGAAACCGAGUAUUAGUGCAGUACCUUGUACAUCUACCGUUAAUAAUUCGAAAACUGGAACUUCUCUUGGCAUUCCUAUAGAACCCAUUAUUGCAACAUCAAAAUCCCCUGAUCAAAUCGAGAAAGUUAAUAAUUCUGUUACGCGGUGUAGCAAGUCAGCCAGCAGAUCAGCUGAAGACAGGAAAAAACGAACUGCUAGUGCCCAUGUUGAGCAAUCAACAGGUCCGAAUGGUGAUGGUGUGGCAACAUCAGCAGUCCACGCAUUACGUCGUUCAGAAUCUGCUUCCACUUCUCGUCCUAACCAUUAUGUUUACGUAAAUAGUCAUCCGUAUGUUGUGAUCGACUUAUUGGGUAAAGGAGGCUCCAGUAAAGUUUAUCAAGUAUUAGACGAAAGACAGAAGAAAUUACGUGCAGUGAAGUGUGUUGAUUUAUCGGAAGCUGAUUAUUGCUGCCGCAGUGCCUACUUAAACGAAAUCAAACUGCUGCUUAGUUUGAAGGAUACAGGAUGUGUUGUGGAGAUGUUUGAUUAUGAACUUCAUGGUGAUUUCUUGUAUGUAGUGAUGGAAAAAGGUGAUACCGAUUUGGCAACUUUUCUGAAGACUCGGAGGAAUCAAAUUGAUGAUAUAUUUAUCCGAUUUUAUUGGAGUGAAAUGUUAAAAUGUGUGCGUACUAUUCAUGAAAAAGGUAUUGUCCAUUCUGAUUUGAAACCGGCAAAUUUUCUUCUUGUCGGCGGAAAUCUAAAAUUAAUCGAUUUUGGAAUUUCGUCUGCUAUUCCAACAAAUAAGACGUCAGUAAUGAAAGACACACAGAUGGGAACACUAUCUUAUAUGCCGCCAGAAGCUAUUGCAGGUUCAAAUGCUUCAGUGCAUGAUGGAAAAGAGAUUUACAAGGUUCGUAAAAAAUGUGAUGUAUGGGCUUUGGGUUGCAUAUUGUAUAACAUGGUUUAUGGACAUACGCCAUAUCAAAUGUGGACAAACCCAAUCCAAAAGAUGCAUGCUAUUUUGAAUAAACCAAUAGUUUUUGAGAAAAUCGAAGAUGCUGAUUUAAUGGAUGUUUUAAAAAGAUGCUUAACAAGAGAUCCCGACCAGCGAUCUAGCGUUGAGGAAUUACAGAAACAUCCAUAUUUGACGAGAAAAGUUCGUAAAUGUAUGGAUGAGUCAGUUUUACCGCAGGAUGACAAUGAUUUAAUGAAAGUGGCUGAGGAUUUACGGAAUUCUACACCGCGAACUUCAGCACGAAAGCUUCGUGAUCUUAUGCAACGACGAGAUCCAACAACUACGAGAAAAGAUCUAGUGAUGAGCAAAUUCACUUGA